AUGGAGUCGCAGAAAGAGGCGCGAACGCCCGGGGACCACGUAACGCGGACGUGUGAGAAAUCAAACUGUCAGACCCGGAACGAGGAGGAGGAGCUGGAAGGAGGCGAGGCGCCAACGGUAGCUACCCUGAACACGGAGGCAGACGGCGCCAACGCAGACGGGCUUUGGAAGUUACCGGUGGAGUCAGCCGAGCGAAGGCCUGAGUGCAGCCGCUGCAGACGGCCUCUGAAAGUGUGUUUAUGUCCAUUUCUACCAGUGCAUCCUCUACACAUCUCUACCCACUUAUAUAUAAUUCAGCAUCCAGCAGAGGAAAACAAAGUGUUGCGGACAGUUCCUCUACUAGCAGCAUGCCUCCCCCAAGAAAAGUGUAAAGUCAAGAUUGGUCGUCGCUUCAGUGAAGAAAGGGAUCCUGAACUUUCAGCUGUUUGCCAAAAAGCUGGUACAUUAAUACUAUAUCCAGGGGCUGAAGCUGCUAAUUUGGAAGAAUUUAUAUUAGAUUCUCCUGUUUAUCCUUCCACAAUCAUCAUCAUUGAUGGAACUUGGAGCCAGGCAAAGGACAUUUUCUAUAAGAAUUCCUUGUUCCGACUUCCCAGACAGGUGCAGUUAAAAACUAGCAUCUCUAGUCAGUAUGUAAUUCGAAUGCAACCAACUAAUAGUUGCCUUUCUACACUGGAGUGUGCAGCUGUUGCUCUUUCCAUUUUAGAGAAGAAUAAUUACAUACAAGAGACGUUACUUCGACCUCUUCAAGCUUUAUGCACUUUCCAGCUUCAGCAUGGUGCUCAAAUUCGCCUCAGCAAGGAACAUCUUCUGAAAAAUGGAUUAUAUCCUAAACCCAUGCCAAAGAAUAAACGCAAACUCAGGAAAAUGGAACUAUUAAUGAACAGUGUUAAAAUUUAAAACAAUUGUUCGAUGGUGCUAGUUCAUUUGUCUUCAGUUGAUAAUACCAAGUUAGGCUUUCACUCAAUUUGACUUGUUGAUUUUGUCUAUCUAUAAUACGAAUGAUAGUUGCAUGUUAAUUUUGUCUGGAAGAAGGAAGAAAACCACAUAGCCAUAAAAACAAAAAAAUUUACUGGCUCAGUGAAAAGCAAAAUUUCAUACUGUUUUUGUUUUUAAAAAUGUGCCUCUAAUGUAUUUGCUUUGAAAUCUGUCAUUUAAAAUGUAAUUAAUACUUGAGCUAGGUUAGAAGAUAUU